CGACCACUUUCGCGCGAGCAGAUGCCGAGUAUCUCAACUUGCUAUAGAGCCGGUCAUUUAAUCGCAGCAAUUAGCAAUCGCUCAAAGUAGGUAUAUACAUGCCUGCCAGCAUGCGAAGCGCAUGAGAGCAUGGCGCGAUAAUGCUUUGGUACGAUUCUCAUCGCAACUCAUUGCCUGUCAGAAGCAAACACAGAGCAACGCAUCUACUCCUGCAAUUAGUUCACCGAGCAGUCUCAACGUCAAGUGAUCCACGAACAGGAAAACUUCCGCCAUCACAUACGGUACUAUACGAGCUUGGCGUGAAGCUUGCGAUUUUUCAAACUUGACUCAAUAACGAGGUUUCAUCGUCCUUCCUGCCUGACAAUCUGCUGUUCAGAAACAACACUCUUUCAACCAUGCAUCUGAACCACAAGAUUCCUUGGAAUGCCAUCGCCGGUCAUCUUGUUCUGAUCAGGUCAAAUCCGAGCUGUACACCACCACGCAGCGACCUCUUCUGGAAUAAAGGAUAUGGUAAAGAUGCGGUCGCUGAGAAAGCAACACUUCAGAAAGUUCAAGAUCAUUUCAUCCGAGUCUUUAUCUCUACAAUUCGCGAGUUCGCCGCCACGCAGAGUGCCAAACAAGCUUCUCUCCUAGAAAGCCUACCCACCGGAAGAUUGAUCUCGGACGAACUCGUCGCAUUCGCGGAAGAUCGCUAUGAUCUACUGCCACAUGGAGGAAACUCAGUAGAGCACAACCCAAUAGCUCGGGAAGACCAAGAUAUCGAAUCCUGGAGACGAGCAGCGAAUCCGGAAAAUGACCCGAUCGUUGAGCCAAACUACACAACCGCAAAUGCAGACCUGGCCGACGCGACUAAAUUACUCAUCACACUCGCCGCAACCACUGCCAGGAACCCCCUGGAAAGCGCCCUGACAGAAGAAGCACAAAUAGCUCUCCUCCGCCUCUCCACCGAUCCUCUCAUCCCACUACACAGACUGGACAAUCUUUCCUGGGGCCACGGCUUCGGCGUUAGUUUACUAGCAAGCCUAGCACUGGAGAUCUACAUCCUGUUGAACCUCUACGGUGCCAUCAAUGAAUUGCCAGGAGGCAACAAGGGCAAGCUCUCCGUCUUGGAGAUGCAAAGAUUGCUUGAUGUGUUGGGCGGCGAUGCACUUUCCGACUACGAUUAUCCGGCGCAAAACAUACCUCACCGUGCUUAUUGGCAUACAUUGGGUGUGACUUGGGAAUGGAUAAACAAGCAGUGUCAACAUUUAGAUGAAGAUAACGAUGGUUUGCCAACGGCAGAAAGUGGCGGGGCAGUGGCAGAUCCACUUGCUGAGGGUCAAGACGCAGAUGUAAGGGAUAGGCUGAAAGAGUAUCUCAAAACUUGCUUUGCAAUCUUAUACAUGUAUGACGGGUUGAGACGAAAAUGGUAUGGCGAUGAAGAGGCGUGUGAGAAGUGGACGGAGGAAAUCCAAUGGGUUUUCGACAAGAUACGAUGCCGGAGGUGAGCGGGAUCAGCCAUCUUUCCUGUCUUGCUUUGAGAGACCCAAGCAGUAUCUUGCACCAGGAAGUUCAAAAUCUCCUGGAGAGAACCUGUUGCGAUAAUAGCGAAGAGUGUAUGCAUCAAAGUCUUGUGAACUGAUAUGAUGGGCUAUUCUCCUAGCGUGUCUCUUGUGGAGUACAUUUCGACAAAAACUCCGCUUUAAAUAGAGCCGUCCCCGUCUGGACGCUGACCUCCUAUCGGAUGAAGACUUUAGGCGGCGGUCUGUAAAAUACAUGAUACGCAUCAGCGCUGCUGAGAAGCGAAUACACUCUCGGAUGUAAU